AUGGUCAUUUUUAUGCCAUAUUACCGACAACACUAUUCAAAUUGUCAUUCUCGUACUCGUCCAACGACAUCGAAUCCACAAAAUGAUACAAGAACGACAAAUGAAAUGUCAGCAAAUGGGUGUAAAUUUGCAUCAGGAAUAUUAUGUCGCUUUACAUUAUCUCUGUUUCUAUUUGUUAUUGCAUUUUUUCUAUUUCAACUAUCGAUUAGUAAUUCAUCAAAUCAAAUAGAAGGAUCUUAUAUAAUAGCUUCAAUUUUACUAAUCAUUUCCAUGGUUUCAUUCAUAAGAACAUGCCAUCAUCUAAGACGAUAUCAUAUUAUGUUGGAUAGUAGAAAUCGGCUUAUACAAAGACUACGUGAACGACAACAAGCAUACGAUUUAGCAUUAUCGUCAAACAAUAAUGAAAAUCCUGAUCUUGUCAGAAAUGUGAAUACCGAUUUACCUUCUUAUAAAGAGUUAUUUCCUUCUCAUCGAGCUAUAAAUAACAGUCGUAAUGAUUCAUCGUCAUUAUUACCACCAUCAUAUGAUGAUUAUAUUAAAACGCUUGACAUUCAUCAUCCUAUUACAACUCAUCCAAUAACAUCUCUACGUUCCACUACAUUAUCACUGAAUACAGAUUCUCAAUCGCAAAACAAUCCAACACAAUGUUUCUGGAUAACAGAUCACACACGAACACCUAUUUCUAUUCGUGGUACUGUGACAUAUGUAUAG